AUGGCGAUUCUGCUCAAGUCAUUUCUCAAAAACCAAUCCUUUCUCAAGCCUUCGAUGGUUUGCAGAACCCUAGCUUCUUCUUCAUCGGAACCUUACAAGAAGCCACUCUCUGUUUUGUUCGAAGAGGCCGUAGGAUUGAGACCCAAAUCCGAAACCGAAGAAGAAGAAGAGGGUAACGAGUUGAAGAGAAAGCUUUUCGAAUUAGAGAAGAAACUCAUAGAGCUAAAGAAGACAGAACCAGUAAGAAAGAAGAAGAAGAAGGUUGUUGAGACAGUGCCAGAGCUGCAAACUGAGAAAAGUCGUAACCUUUACACCUUGUUUAAAGUCAACGAAGAAAAGAGACAAGAGGAGGAGGAUGUGAUUAGGGUUUAUAAAGAGCUGCCUUUGGAGAUGGUUUCGUUUGUGAAGCUUCUGCAUAAAAGAGGGUAUUUGAACAAGGCUAAUUUCAUCAGUGGAGGGAAGCUGGAGUUGGGGAGUCUUGAUGAAGAGUAUGCUAGGACUUUUUUAAAGUUUGCUGCUGAGAGAUUUGGAAAGGAUUACCAAGAGAUUGCAAAGUGGUUAUCAGGUAGUGACCUGAAGAACAUUGUGCUAUUUGGGUGCCCAAGUUUGGAAAAAAGGGCAAUAUUCGCUGCUAAAACACUGCGCAAGUUUUUCGACAUCCAUGAGAACAAUGUGUGUGAGAAAUGCGUUUUAAAAGAGAAGUGCAAGUUUCCAAACCAGAGUGUAUGGGAUGGCAAGUCAAAGAACUUACAUUUGUCUGUUGUGAUGAAAGUCAUCACACUAUAUCCGUUGGACUUGACUCAUCCAAAGCUUCAAGUUCCUCAAGAGGUACAAGACUCAGUCUCAAGGUUGCUGACAGAGAUUCAGAACCUAAGCCGAACUAUCUGUACUCCUCUCUCAUGA